UUGUGGUCGCGUGAGGUUGGCUGCGCGUGUGUUGCUGGUCGUAUUGAAAACCAAAAACCGCAUUUUAAUAAAAGAAAAUUUAAACUAAAUACAACUAUCUGAAAUAAAAGUGCGAUUAUUUACUUGGUUUGACCAAGUUCAUUUAUUCUUAUACACAAAUUAAGUGGAAAACAUGCAUUAAGAAAAAUACAAUUCGCGACGCUUGCCUGUGGCCAAGGACUGAAACGUUAGUUAGAGCGAGAUAACGCUACUGUGUACGCAAUUUGUUGAUGUCGUUUUUGUUGUUGGUAGUGCCUGGCGCUUAUGCUCAUAGUAAUUGUUGUUGGAUGCGCCGUGGUAAAAGUGUUUUGUUUGUAAAAGAACAACAAAUGCGCCCAAAAUUGUUCUAAUUUCUUCCUGCUGUCUCUGCUGUUACUAUUGUUAUUGUUUUUGCAGCCGGCAAAUCAAACCAACAACUCGAGUUCAAUGAAUAUAUUCCUCAAGUAGCGGCAAGUUUCCAGCGAAAAACAGCGAUACGCCAAAAUUCGGCGAAUACACAACAAAAGUGGAGUGAGCGAAUAUAAGAAAAAGAAGAAAUAUAAAAUGUGGAGAAUGUGUAGAAUGUGUGUGCAAAAAUAAUAACAAACAAGUGACAGGAAAUCGAAACCGAAAACGAAACCAAAGCAAAAUCAGAGGCCUUCAAAAUGCAGUGCACUGAAAACAAUAACAAAGACGCAAAUAUUGCUUAAGUUGAGCAAUAUCGUAACUAUUCAAAUAACCGUAGACAGCGUAAACAUCGGACGGUUUCGCAAUACAACGCUGAAAUUCACAAUGGCAGAAAACAACGGAAAGAUCAGGACUUGCAAAUGGAUGUGGAUGUGGAUUUUUAUCUCGAUUGAAUUAUUACAACUGGUGACAGUUUCGCAUGGGAGUCAAGCACUCACGUUCACACUGGAGCCACAGGACUCUGUUGUGCCCGAGGGCCAUUCCGUGUUGUUGCAGUGCGCGGGCAAAGCCGCUGGCAAGGGCAAGGCCACGCCCAUUGGGACAAGCAUACGCUGGCGUGGACCCGACGGUCAGGAUCUGGGCGUUGUCGGGGAUACAUUUCGGACACAGCUCAAGAAUGGUUCGCUCUACAUUAGUUCCGUGGAGGAGAAUCGUGGACUCACCGGCGCCUAUCAAUGUCUCCUAAGUGCCGAUGGCAUUGGGAGCGUGCUCAGUCGACCGGCGCUGGUGGCGAUUGCCCGUCAGCCGGAGCUCAAUCAGGACUUCAUCGAGACGUAUCUGCUGCCCGGACAAACGGCCUAUUUCCGUUGCAUGGUGGGGGAGCAUGUGUGGCAACCGGGACUGAAGCAUACGGUGCAGUGGUACAAGGAUGAUAUGCCGCUGCCACUGGACAAGCUGCGUAUGGUGGUGCUGCCCAAUGGCGCGCUGGAGAUCGAUGAGGUGGCACCCAGUGAUCGUGGUGCCUAUCAGUGCAACGUCACCUCGGGCAGCGUCUUUCGGCUGAGCAGCAAGACGAAUCUGAACAUCAAGAAGGCUACCGAGGCUAGCAUGGAUCAGGCGGUGGCACCCUCCUUCCUGGUGGGACCCUCCCCGAAGACGGUCAGCGAGGGCGACACCGUCACUCUGGACUGUGUGGCAAAUGGUGUGCCCAAGCCCCAGAUCAAAUGGUUGAGGAACGGCGAAGAGCUGGAUCUCAAUCACCUCGAUUCCCGUUUCUCCAUCACCGGCACCGGCUCCCUGCAGAUCUCCAGUGCCGAGGACAUUGACUCUGGUAACUAUCAGUGCCGGGCCAGCAACACCGUUGACUCCCUGGAUGCCCAGGCCACGGUGCAGGUUCAGGUACCGCCCAAGUUCAUUCAGUCACCUCGGGAUAAGACUGCAUCCGAGAAGGAAGUCCUCAAUCUGGAGUGCUCCAUCCAUGGGAAACCGAAACCAAGCAUACGCUGGCUAAAGAACGGCGAUGUCAUCACGCCCAAUGAGUACAUGCAGUUCGUCAAUGGCCACAAUCUGCGCAUCCAUGGACUCCUCUACUCCGACGCAGGCAUGUUCCAAUGCAUCGGCACCAAUCCCGCCGGCAGUGUUCAGGCCUCCGCCCGACUACGUGUCGUUGCGCCAGGAGCCAAAAUCAAACAACGUAAGGCACAAGGUCAGACCACAAAAUCCCUUCAGACCUCAGACAUGACCAUGAAACGACGACGACCCUUUAGUUCUGGUGAACUGCGCACCAAAUCCGGUGGCAGCAGAUUCCCGGAUGCGGACGAGGACGAGGACAAUUAUGCGAAUGACAAAUCCGCGGAGUUUCCCCAACGAAACUUGCGCAAAUUCCUGCGUCCUGCCGAGCAGCAGGCAGAUGAGGCGGGUGCACUGCGUCGACAGGGCCAAAAGGAAGCGGACGACGACGUAGACUUUCACGAUGACGAUAAUUACGAUGACUAUGACGAGGCCGAGUCUAAGCAGGAGAUGAACGGGAACAAAAUACUGGCCUCCUGGCAGAAUCAGAACAAGAAAUCCCAACAGCAACAACAACAACAACAAAUGCCCCCCACAUCCAAUUUUGCCUCAACAGAUUUGACAGCAGGCGUGGAUACUUCCGUUGAUCCCAAACCCAUGAGCAGUGGCCUCCUCGCCCGCCUUCCUAGUGCACCCCGCAGCCUCGUGGCACAGAUUGUGAAGCCACGCUUCGUCACACUGAGCUGGCAGGAACCCCAGCAGAACGCCAACGAGGUGGUCUCCUACACCGUCUUCUAUCGGGUGAACAACAGCGAGCGUGAGCAGAAGAUUGUGACGCAAUCGCACGAGGAUCAACAGGUUAGCAUACAGUCACUGUUGCCAGGUCGAACCUAUCAGUUCCGUGUGGUGGCCAACACCAACUUUGGCAUGGGUGAAUCCUCGCAAGCCUUGGAAGCCAGCACACAGCCGGAGGUGAACAUAGCGGGUCCGCCACGGAAUGUGGAUGCAUAUGCCCGCAAUCACAAGGAGAUCUAUGUGCACUGGAGUCCACCAACAGUGACCAAUGGCGAGAUACUCAAGUAUCGGGUCUACUAUUCGGAGAACGACAGCGGUGCGGAUUUGUAUAAUGACAGCAUGUCCUUGGAUCUGGUGCUGACUGACCUGCGUCCUUACACAGAUUAUGUGAUCAGCGUAGUCCCUUUCAACCACAACGGAAUGGGAGAUCCCUCCGGUGAGCUAAAGGUCAAGACCUACUCCUCAACACCAUCGGAACCACCGAAUAAUGUGACGCUGGAGGUGACCAGCUCAAGUACGAUUACAGUACAUUGGGAGCCGCCAGCUGAGGAGGAUCGCAAUGGACAGAUAACCGGCUAUAAGAUACGUUAUCGCAAGUUCAAGGAUGCACCACAGGUAAAGAGCACGCCGGCCAACAUUCGAUACUUCGAGCUGAACGGAUUGGAUCGCAAUGCGGAAUACCAGGUGAAGAUUUCGGCGAUGACUGUGAAUGGAUCUGGACCAUUCACCGAAUGGUAUCGCUCGAAUACCCUCGAAAAUGAUCUGGACGAGACCCAGGUGCCGGGUAAACCCAUCUGGAUCAACAUACAGCCGGGGGCCAACAACAUUGGACUCCACUGGGGUCCACCACAACAGCCGGAGAUCAAGAUUCGCAACUAUGUGCUGGGCUGGGGACGCGGCAUACCCGAUGAGAAUAUGCUCGAGCUGAAGGAGACGGAACGUUACCAUGUGCUCAAGGGACUCGAGUCGAACACGGAGUACGUGGUGUCCCUGCGGGCACGCAACGUUAAGGGAGAGGGUCAGCCGAUCUACGACAAUAUCAAGACACGUGAGGAGGAGCCAUUGGAUGUGCCAGUGCCACUGGAGGUGCCAGUGGGCUUGAGAGCCAUCACCAUGUCCAGCUCCUCGAUAGUCGUCUACUGGACAGACACGAUGCUGAACAAGAACCAGCACGUGACCGACAAUCGUCAGUACAUGGUCAGCUAUGGGAUCACGGGAUCGACUCGAUAUCGUUACCACAACACCACCAAUCUGAAUUGCAUGAUCAACGAACUGCGUCCAAACACACAAUACGAGUUUGCCGUGAAGGUAGUGAAGGGUCGAAGGGAAUCGGCCUGGUCAAUGUCCGUGCUGAACAGCACCUACCAGAAUGUGCCAGUGACGCCGCCAAGGGAACUGAACGUUCGCCUGGACGAGCUGAAUCCCCACAAUGUGAUCGUCAAGUGGCUGCCGCCAAAGCAUACUGUUGGCCAGAUAAUCGGCUAUAACGUCUACUAUACGACGGAUACCACGAAGCGGGAUCGGGACUGGAUGAUCGAGGCAUUCAAUGGCGAGGAGACGAUGCUGCUGCUGUCCACACUGAAGCCACAUACCACCUACUACUUCAAGGUGCAGGCUCGAACCAACAAGGGCAGCAGCAAUGCCCCCUUCUCCGCCCUGGUGGCAUUCACCACCAGCGCCGCAGUCAUCAUGCAGGAGGCGGACACCAUUGCCAAGGGGACUGACAAUCAGAAUCUAUUGUAUAUCAUCAUUGGAGGCACGGCGCUGGUGUUGUUCCUACUGCUCCUUGGCUUGCUGCUGCUCUGUCGCCGCAAGCCCCAAUCCUCGCCAGAGCACACUAAGAAGAGCUAUCAGAAGAACAAUGUGGGCGUGCCAAAGCCCCCGGAUCUCUGGAUACAUCAUGAUCAAAUGGAGCUCAAGAACAUUGACAAGGGUCUGCACACUGGCACGCCCGUUUGCAGUGACAACGCCUCCAGCAGUGGCGCCCUAACACUCCCACGUUCCGUCGUCCACAGCGAGUACGAGGUGGAGACACCAGUGCCGGCACACGUGACCAACUCCCUGGACAAGCGUUCCUAUGUCGCGGGCUACAUGACAGCCACCUCAAUGAACUCAACCAUGGAACGACCUCAAUAUCCACGUACUCAAUAUAACCACCAGAAUCGCUCGCACAUGACCAUGGAGACGGGUCUAUCCCAGCAGAGUCUCACGCAGCCGCAGAACAAUUCAUUGGCCCAGACGCCGGAGCAUCCUUACGGCGGCUACGAUGCCAACUUCUGCAAUGCUGGUUACACGGGCGGCACAGCGGGAGGCAAUGGGGCAGCAGGCAAUGGCAAUUGUGUGUCCACCAUUGAUAGCGCUAAGCGUGGUCAUCCUCUCAAGAGUUUCAGCGUGCCAGGUCCACCGCCCACAGGCGCUGCCACGCCCGCCAAUAAGCACACUCCUGCCGUCACAAUACGUCCACAGAAUCAAUCGCCAUACAAGAAGCCAUCAUUCUCUGCUGCCACGCCCAAUCGCCUGCAAGGUGGCGGCUCAGUGGCGCAUUCCACCGAUGAGAUACAAAGACUGGCGCCCAGCACAUCCACCGAGGAGUUAAAUCAAGAGAUGGCCAAUCUGGAGGGUCUAAUGAAGGAUCUAAGCGCCAUAACUGCCAACGAAUUCGAGUGUUAACACGGCUAACAAUGGACACAUGGAAAAAAGUAUUAGAUGGCAGCGCAUCCCAUGGGAUAACAACAUUUUACAAUGUUAUUUGUUUUAUUUUAUUCUAAUUUUAAUUUUCGAUUUACCACUUUGAGUUGACGUUUUUAGUUGAUUGCAUUUGUCAUUAAUGUGAAAUUAAUUUAAGCUUAAAUUAAAUUAAUUUUAUCUAAAUGUGCGAAUAGAACUGUAAAUACGAAACACGAACGAAGCCAUAUAAAUAUAAAUACGAGUAGUUACAUAAAAUUAACUAUAAUUAUCACAUAGAAUAGUUAAUUUUAAGCAAUAACCAAUUAAGUGAUUAAUUAAGUCAUUCAUACAACUAUCGGAAAGUCUCUCUCAGCCAGUGGCAUUAAUUGUAUUGUUCUAGAUUUGACUCAGAUUUGAUGAUACCCAACUAUAUUCCCAUAACUUUAACUACUUAUACAUAAACAUGCAUAAAUAAACAUCCAUCAUCUAAGCUAAGUCUCAUCGUAAACCUUAUAUUAACUGAAGCAAAUCAAAAACACAUAAACAUUCGACUUAUCUAGUACUUGUAUAUUCGAGUUGUAAAAUGAAUUGUAACUGAUUCGAUGCAAUUUUAGUACAUCUAUAUAUAAAUAAUGUAAAGUCUAAGUAAAUAAUGACUGUAUUCUCGUUUGGUUUUGAGUUUGAAACGUGCCAUUUUGUUUAAGUUACAAAACUCUUAACUACUUAGGCCUAUUAAAUGUCAACAUUCUAGACUGUAAUCCACUAGUAAAGUCAGUAAAGCUACCAGCAAAGCAUUUAACAUUUAACAAACAAGCAUAAUAUAAAGAAGCAUAGUAAUGCUAGCUAUAAGUAUUACAAAUCUUUUAUAUACUAUUUUGAGCUAUUCAAAAUUCGAUGAUUAAAAGUGUUUUUUUUUUAUAUAAAUAUUUGUAAUUCUAUUUGAUUAUCAUUAUUGCACGGCAGCUGAACAAAUUGAAUUACAUGGAAUUUUUAUCAUCUUGCUAUGCACAAUAAUCUCAAAUCAAUUCAAAUCUAUCUAAAACAUUGCACAUGAAAAUACAUUGAAAUUUGUAAAAUAAUUUUAUUUGAUACCAUUUUUGCAAGCAAAUGUGAAAAUUUGCCAAAUAAAUAUGAAAACACAUUGUAAA